GGAUAGAGGGUGAGAAUUUUCUUUCUCCUCCAAGGAAUAGAGAAAGGGGAGUCCUAUCUGUAAAACCUUUUAAUGGAGGAGCAACUCAACCCCUUAGCUGCUACUCAUCUCCUCCAGCACACACUGAGAAGCUUGUGCAUCCAUGACAACUCCCAGUGGGUCUAUGCUGUGUUCUGGAGGAUCUUGCCUAGGAAUUAUCCCCCACCUAAAUGGGAUCUCCAGGGAGGGCCUUAUGACAGAACUAGAGCAAACAGAAGGAAUUGGAUACUGGUGUGGGAGGAUGGGUUCUGCAAUUUUGCUGCUUCCUCAUGCGAGCAGAGUUGCCCCGGGGGCUCCUCAGCCUACGAGCCUCAGCAGAUGAAGGGCCUAAAACCUGAACUCUUCUUCAAGAUGUCACAUGAGAUCUACAACUUUGGAGAAGGUUUGAUUGGAAAGGUGGCUGCAGAUCACAGCCAUAAAUGGGUGUUCCAGGAACCCCGGGAUCAUGAAAUCAAUUUCCUCUCCCCAUGGAACGACCCUGCUGAUUCUCACCCAAGGACUUGGGAGGCUCAGUUCCAGUCUGGUAUCAAGACAAUUGCUCUGAUUGCAGUCAGAGAAGGUGUUGUACAAUUAGGAGCUGUUAACAAGGUGAUGGAGGACAUAAGCUCUGUGGUUCUACUGCGCAAGAAGUUCAGCUUGCUCGAGAGCAUCCCAGGCGUCCUCCUGCCGCACCCUUCGGCGGCGGCCUUCCCUAUGAGGAUGGAAUAUGGGUGCAAUGCAUCUGAGAAUUGGCCGGCGAUGGCACCGCCCAUGGAGUUCUACGACCACUACUUCAGCCCGCAGGUAAGGAUCACCCCGUCAAUGAGCAGCCUGGAAGCACUCCUCUCCAGGCUCCCCUCGGUGGGGCCUGCACCGUCCGGGUCCUCGACGGGGUACUACGAGAUGCCGCCUGGGCUCGUGCCAGCUCCGAGGCCUCCAAUGGGGUUGAUGGGGAUGGCCAAGGAAAAGAUGGAGGAGUAUGGGAAUGAGAGAGGCAUGGACUUUCGUGGGGAGAGCAGCAGCUCCGUGUCCUAUUAUCUCAAUGCGACGCCGACUAAACCAAAGGAGGGCCAGUUUUGAGGAGGAACACCUUGAGCAAAUAGAGAAACUGACUGAGAGUAGGUGUUCUUCCAAGACUCCAAGUACUGAGAACUGUUCUUAUGCUAUGCAACUUCUUUCAUCUUUUGUAGGCUUUGGUAUCUACGAGGCCAUGUCAGUUUGAUCCAGUGGGUUUUUGCACUUCUC